UAUAUGUAUGCAAUUAAAUGAACCAAAAUAUAGUAAAAAAAAAUGACAAUAAUAAUAAAUUGACCAUAUAUGGCACAUUUGCUUUAAGUUGCUUUUGUACUUAUUUACCUUUAUAUUAAUUUUAACUUGCUGACUUACACAUUUGAAAGUUUUUACUUACUCAUUUCCUCAAACAUUUCUUUAUGCAUUUUUCUGUCACAUAUUGUGGCUGCCUUUAGCUAAAAGUCUGCACAAUGAAGCAGAAAUGCAUAAACAAAUGGGGAAAAAACAAAAAAAAGUAAGUCUGGGGCUAAAAAAAUUGAAUAUGCAUAUAUAUACACAUAAAUUAUUAAGCAUCCAGACUUCUUUACUAAGUAAAUGCAGAAGCAAUUUAAAACAAAUAUCUAAUUUAACAUUUAAUAAAUAAAUAAAAUUUCAGCAAUGAAAGUAGUUUCUAUAUUUUUUCAAUCUUUUUUGUACAUUUAAUGGCAUAUAAUUCUUUUUUAAACAAAUCAUUAAUUUAUUUUUGAUUUAGGUAGUUUCUAUCCUUCAUAUAUAAGGUGUCAGCAGUGUUGAUUGUAUGUAUUGCAAUGGAAAUGGCAACAAAGCGUUCCCUGUUUGUACAGGGGGAGGGAUGUAUUGUAAAGUAAUCUAAUAGGGAUGCACCACAUUACACCCCCCCCCCUCCUCCUCCCCUUCUUUUUUUUUUUAAACAAUAGCUAAUAUUGAAUGGAAAUCUCUCUGGUCUGAUCUUACUAAGACAGCAGGAUGUUAACUUACCUGAGCCGUGGCUGCAUCCAAGGGAGGUUUGUGUUCUCUGAGAUCUUUAGCUAAUGUGCUGUAUUCUGUAUUUUCUAUAUUGGCUUUGGUGGAUCCCUGUAUUGUUUAAAGCCAAGCCGUAGUGCGUUCACUCAUUUCCAAGCAGUUUAGAUUUGCAAUACAUUGCUAACCAAAGUGAUGCCAUUCACCUGAAAGUGAUUGUAAACGUGCUCCUUUGACAUUAAUCAGACGUAUGUAGAUCACUUGUGUUGCACUGAUCUCCUCACAGUAAGAAACAGAGCUGGACUUUUCAAAGUCUAGGCAUUAGUUUCUAAUUGUUUCUCAGUAUUAGAGCUUUAAACAGCAGCAUAGAUUUAAAAAUUCUUAAACCAGCCAAAAAUAACACAAGGACCCGGUGAGUACUGAGAGUAGUUAAUUCCAGUUUGCGAUUUUUGCAUAUGAUUUUUGCAGAGUGGACUUGGUCCAUUUCAGUAUAUUUGCACAUACCCAUGCGACACACAGCAUGCACUGCACACGUUAUCACUGGUGUGUUGUUUUGACGCUGGAGAAGACUAAACAGUCCAAAUGUUGUCAUCACAAACAAGCCUUAAUUUAAUCAUUUUUUGCCUUAUUGGUUCUAAACUUUAAGUGAUUUUAGGUGAGUUUAGGUUUGGAUUCAGAGUUUUGAUAAGAUAAUUUGAUGCUGCUUUGAUUGUAAAUUCUUUUUCUUUUUUCUUGGACACUGUAUUUUAACCCAUGUUUUUGGGGUGUUUAACCUGUUUGUUUUUUUUCUCAAUAAAGUUCUCUGUCUGAAUUUCUUGGUUGCAGCUGUAAACUAAGAUAAUAGAGAAGUGAGUAAAUAGGGUCAUAACAGUACCUGGAUUGGGGGAGGCGGAAUUGAUAGUUUUCCAUUGUGUUCUUUUUCUAUCCGGGUCUACUUUUACUGUAUUGGAAGUAUGUUUGGGAUCAUUGGGAUCAUCAUUGUUAGGUGAUGUGCCACUUGUACAGGUUUCUAAGGGAAUACUCUUUGAUCCUCCAAGCAUUAAAGUCUGAACCAUGAAUUAAUUGCCAGAAAAUGGAGUGUUUAUUGAAGCAUCUGACAAUUAAAAAAAAUCACGAAAUAAUGAUAAUUACAUUUCCGUAUAUGUAAAAUUUGUAUAAUAUUUUUUCCAGACCUUUUUUUGUUCCUUAAAAAUGUAUUGUGCAAUAGGUUUUUCAGGGGGAUUUAGGGGGUCACAUUUAUGAUGUACAGCUCUUAAAAAACAUGUAUCAAAUAUGGCACACUAAGCCUUUAGUGGUUAAGUAUAAAGUUUGUGUAGCAUUUGAUGCUUUCAUUUGUGAUUGCUUAUAUGUGAACCCUGCGUGUUGAAUUAUUAAUGUGCAGGAGGCAGGGGAACGUGCUGCGUGCAGGAAUGCAGGAAUCCUUUUGUUGAUGCGUCUCUAAGGUGACUGACUGCACAGAACAGCACAAGGGGCAGCCUGGCAAGUGGACACUUGGCUUAAAGACAUCAAUCUGGAAAUAAAUUGAUCGGACUUUAAGUGAAGCGGAACUCAAGGUGCUUCCUCAAAGGUGUUUAAACCGCCUGUGCACAUGGAGGCGAGCCUGACAUCAGCCCCUCACUCGGUGAAGCGGUGGCAGCUAAGCGGGACGGACUAUGAGCCGCAGCAGGCCGGCGCCCUGCUGUCCGACACCCGCUUCAGCAGCUGGACUCCCCUGAACAACAAGCGGAUCAACCUGCAGUUAUUUGAGGAGAGAGUGAAUCUUGUGCUGCACUGGUUUGAUCUGUGGACGGACAGACAGAGGAAACACCUGCUGCACUCUCUGCUCACUCGUUGCACCAAGUCACAGCUCAGGUACUGCCGGGAUUUGCUGAUUGAGACGGUUCCGGUCACUAAAGUGGACCUUACGUCGGUGCUGCCUCGGUUUCUCUCCCUGUAUGUGAUGUCAUUUCUGUCCCCACGUGACCUUUGCAAAGCUGCCCAAGUCAGCUGGCACUGGAGGGUUCUAGCUGAGCAGGACUGUCUGUGGGCGGGCCGGUGCAUCAGACGAGGCUGGUUCCUUCCUUACACUCCUGGAGAAAAAGAGUUUGGUGCAUGGAAAAGUCACUAUGUCUCUUGCCUCUCCACACUUGACUGGCUCACUCCACGGGAGGCAGCAGAGAUGUAUGGGACCCUCAACCAGCAAAGCACAGGAAUGACAGAGGAGGAGGAAGAGAGGAGGAGGGAGAAGAGGAUCAGGCAGCAAAUCAGAGAAAAGCUUCGAGAGGAGAAGAGACUAUCUGUGAGUGCCAGGAAACCCUGGGGCAGCUACACAAAGCCAGAAAUAGCCAGAGGUGGAGGUACCCAGAAAGGGAGACCCAAGUCUGGCCUAACAUUCGUCUCUCAGCCCUCCCUCUCCUGGCCUCUGAGGAGCGUUGGCUCUUCCAGCCACUCUCUCAGCCUGGAAAGAGGACAGCCCACAACUGCACCUCAGACCUGGGAGAAAGUCCAGGCUUGCAGCAUUAGCAGCGAAACACGAAAGAUCCGAGGAGCGCUGUCGUCUUUUAUCUACAGACCUGCACAGCCUCACACAGUCUCUCCCCUUCACCUAUCCGCUCCUGCCCUGCUAUUGCUCAUCUCCAACAGAAUUCCUGCAUAUGAGCUGGUGUUGAGCGGAGUGAAGCCCAGUGUGACUGCGGUUCUCUAUGACCAUAGAGGGACUCUCUCAUCUCUGCUAACCCAGGUGGAGAGGGCUAUUUCUGGGAAACCAGCUCAGAGGAUUGGCCUGCUAGCUUGCGGAGGAACACAGGACAUUCACCUGCUUCACAACUCUAGCCUAUCAGAGAAGACUCUACUGACUCCUGAUCAUAGGGAAUUCUGGGAAAAACUGUGUGGCAUGGUGGCUCCAACUGAGGAAGGAGGAGGGAUUGACAUAUUCUGCCCACUGGCUGCAUCUGCAUCAGGAGUGACUCUCCUCCAGAAUCUCUCCACUUUGACUGGUCUGGAGGUUCGGGCACCGGUGGGUGUGGCCACCGGGAAUUUCCAGAACAUCCUCAGCGAGUGGUCUGACGGCAAUGUGCCUACUGGCCUCUCAGAGAACCAGCCAGCACUCCCGGCCCUGCAGUAUGUGUGUGAGGCUGUACUGCAGCGGGGCACAGCCAUGGAUGGAGGAGGCUCUGGUAGAGCUGAGGAGCACCUUAGGGCUACAGCUACAGUGGACCAGCCUCCAGGCCAGGGGCCGAGCUCUGGAGAUCUCAGCGAGGCUCUGAUCGAAGGACUCACUGCUCUGACCAGAGAGGAGGAGACCCGACCUGUGGAGUUUCUUUCCAUCUUUCUGAAAAACUGGAAUGAAGAGAAGAAGGGACAAGAGGGUAAUGGACAGGACAGCAGUGGAGCUGAUGGUGGUUCACAGACAUGCUUCAACGUGAUACCUACACCACAGAUGGUUCUGGAUUGGAGAGGUGCAGCUGCGAGAGAGCUGCACCACAGCGAGUGUCUUUAUUUGGGAAAGCUGAGCGCUGUGCUGAAGGUGUACAAGGAGCCUCUCACAGCAGCUCUGAACUCCAACAGAGCCAUUCUGAGCUAUGCUGACAUCCAUGUUGUCCUCAGUCCUGUUGCACAAAUACUGGAGCUCAACAGGGUGUUUCAGGCUGAUUUACAGGUGCGGCUACAGCAGUGGGGUGCAGAGAAGUGUAUUGGAGAUGUUUUCGUGAAGUUCUGCUCAAAACUUAAAGUCUACACAAACUACCUCAACAACUACACCACUGCCAUCCAGACCAUUGAUAAGUGCAGGGAGAGCAAACCAUCAUUUCGAGCUUUCUUGAAGAGAUCAGACAGAACACUUGCAACUCACAUGCUGAGCCUACAAGAGCUGCUGCUGUGCCCAGUGUGGAGGAUGCAGGAGUAUGUGACUCUGCUUCAAGCUCUGUCCUUGCACACACACCCCGGUCAUCCUGACCACGCACAUCUCCGCUCUGCCCUCAACACGCUGCUCCAGUUCAGAGAGUUCAUACACAAGUUAAAGCGCACCUCAGAGGCAGACAGACUGAUAGAGGAAACGCAGCGACAGAUUCAAGGCUGUCCGAACCUCAGUGAAGAAAACAGGCAACUAAUAAUGACUCAGGAUGCUGCUCUGCACAGGAGCCCUGAUGAGCAGAUACCAGAUUCUCUCAAGACCUAUCAGCACGUCUGUGAUGUGGGCCUCUUCCUGCUCAACAAUGCUUUGGUGUUGACUCGGCAAAAUGUGCGGCACACACCUUUCAUGCUGGCUCACCAGAGCACGCACACAUUUCUGGCCUCUGUGGCUCUCACCAGCCUGUCUGUGAGAGAGAUCAGGCACACACGCUAUGUGAGCCAUGCCUUUGUCCUUGAGGGUCCCUGCCACUCCUGGGUCUGUGCCACACAGAGAGGAGAAGAGAGACGGCACUUCCUAUCUGUGCUGCGUUCAGCUAUAGAGUGUGCUUUGGCAGGACAUCAGUGACAGCGAGGUUUGGAAAAAGACUGUUUGACUGUUUUUAUGUCAAAAGGUUUUUGGAAACUAAAAUUUAUGAAGGAAAUUCUAUUUUAAUGUCGUAGUUAAGUGUGAAUAUGUAGGGGUCAUAUGAUUGUUGGGUUGUUGAGGCGACAUUUGUUGUGAUUUGGCGCUAUAUAAAUAAAAUUGAAUUGAGUUUACAACAUCCUUAUACUCCAUUUAGCGAUACAGUUAUUCAUUAGACAUUAGACAUUUUCACACAGUUUCACAUGCUGUCUUGACCUUUUCUUAGCAAUACCAAGCAGAGCUGUAUGUUGAGUCAGAUCAGAUGUUAAGCAGACUUCAUCCUGCCAGCUCCCAGGUUCAAAGUCUGUGUAAUCUCUGACUGGUGUGAGAAAAACACAGGUAACUGUCUGGAAAAUGUAAAGUAGGCUGUUGCCUCAACUGAUGUAUUUCUGGUAGUUUUUUGUGAUAUGAGAAAGGUCUGAUAAAGAACUGUGGUGCUCUAAGUCUUGUUUUUUGGUGUAAUAAAUGUAAUACAGCAUGAAAAAAACCACAGUCCAAAAGUUUCAUUUUUUUCCCCUUUCUUAUGUUCCUAAAAUUUCAAAACAUGCAGAGUAACAUGCAAAAAACUGAUUUUGUUAAUCAGUAUUUCUUUAUUUUGUAUUAAAUUCUGUAUCAAAGAUACUUUUAUUAAUGGGGGAAACUGAUAAACAGUCCUUUCUAGCACAUUUGUAAAUGAUUAAACUUCCAAUAAAAACUAUAAGAAAUCAUCCAAACAGCCUUAACGCAAUAGGCUAAAGACAUAAAGGUUUAUUUGCAAUUUUUGUUUCAGAAACUCUUGAAUAAGCUUUUCUGGACAUUGUUUGUAGAAGACAACAGGUAAGAUAACAAACAACAGAAACAGAGGCCGAUAUUAGCGACCUGCCAUUAUAUUGUCUUCAUUUAUGGAAAAUGGACCACUACUUGUGGAGCGCUUUUCUACUCUGUUUGAGCACUUAUUUACUUAUUCAAACACAUGUUCAUAGAGCAUUCUGCAACUUUCCUGUUUGCAACACGUGUUUUAAAUGCUUCAAACAACAACCAGCCAAUCCGAGCAGACAGUAAGGGAGUCGAUAUUUAAGCAGUGUUAUUAUAUUAUCUUAGUAACUACUCAAAUAAUUACUCAUAGGAAAUGUUAGACAAAUCUGUUUAUGAUUUGUGUGUUUGAAUGGAAAAAAAAUGUCGAUCAAUGUAUCAGAUUUGUAAUAUCACCUAAUAUCGGUACCAGUAUCGGUCGUAAAAAUUCUAUAUCAGUCGUGCUCUCAUUGACAAUACUGCAAAGUCUGGCUGUUCUUUCUUGUGUCCUUGCUUGGCUGUUUUUGUAUGCAGCCAGUGUUCACAGUCUGCAUCUUUUGCCAACUUUUCUGUACUGCGUCACAAUUAAUUAAACGUAAGCCCCAAAUUGUGCGAGCUGCUGAACGUCGACCAAUUAAUAAUACAAAAUUGCUAUUUCCCGAAAAUCUUCCACAUCAUUUCUCUAGAUUUUAAAAUUUUGACGUAUGUAUGUGUGUUACAAUCUUCUCUGAUCCACUCUUGUCUUGUAGUGAAAUAUCUAUAUGGUGUAUGCAUGGAAAAACUGUUGCUCCUGCUGCACAAUGGAUAUACUGAAGGUAUCACGCAAAGCUGCUUUUGCAGUUUUGCAUGAGUUAAAAUGACCACAGUAAGGCAACAUUCAAUUUCUUUUUCUAAGUGUGACAGGUGAGACCUGGAGACUUGGGACCGCCCCUGGUGGGCGGAGCUGGUCUUCGCUCCUUUCAUAAGCGCAGGUGUGGGCAAUUGGGUAUUCCUUUGCAAACCUGAAGCUGCGAGUGCUUGGUCCGAGUUGGGCAAGUUGGUGUUUCUUAACUAUGAAAGUCUGAUACGCGUCCUCCCCUAAAGUUCUUUUAGAACGGUGGGAAACAUUGCUCCCGUGAGAACGGUAUAGUGGACUUCAUCGCCACUGACCCACAUUUAUUAGGGUGUGACACGAACUUGUGGACAGAGUACCGAGCUGCUGCUUUGCCAGGUGGAUUUCUGGCUGCGGGCAAAGGACCCGACACAUCAGUGUGUUUUAAUUUGUUUUAAACUGGUGUAAGUCGACGGACUGACUGCUGCGGCUGUCGAUGGUUUUGUUUUUUUGUUUUACUUUUUUCUGUAUCAGUAGGCACCACAGAUAUUGAUUCGCAGGCGGUGAAGGCGCUGCAGGGAAAACAAAUCCUUUUUUUGCCUCCCCGCUUUUGCAUGCACAGCGGGGGGCCCGAGUGAAGACGGCGCUGAAGAUUUGCCUUUUUUUUCUAUAGUGUUUUACCCAUUUGGGAUCAUGUGUGAGUUGCCGUCCAUUUUUAACCUGUGUGCUAUGUCGAUUUGUUUUUAAACUGUUCCCCGCAGCGCUUGUCCUGUCUCACGGGCAAUCGUACAGUUUUAUCGUUUUUAAUAAGGUAACGUUUUAAUUGUUUUUAGGUGCUGCUGUUACACUGUUUCUUUUAUUUUGUAUUAAAAAUUAAACUCUUUUAAACUGACUGUGCGCCUACGGCUCUGUCCUAUUUUAAAUAGGUACCUACC